UACGUUGUAAUGUAGCAAAUUGGCACUUUAUUGCUGGAACUUGUCUCAAACAAGCCUCAGUCGACGUUUAAUGUAGCGCCACCGAUUGGCUAACGUAAAAUUUCAUCACUUGUGUAAGCUAGUUUACAAAAUGUCAAGCUAACUAGUUAGCUCGUGGCUAACGGAGUUGCCAAGAGGUCUGCUAAACCGUCACUAUAUCUGAACGACCUUUAGGGUGAAAGUACAUUUCAUGACUGUUUUGUAAAUGCUACCAGCACGCAAAACGGUGCGUUUUUUCUUUAUUAGCUAGUUAGUAAACCGCAAACGUUGUUUUGUAGCUAAACGUACAUUAACGGUAGCUAACUUGCAACGCAGUCGAAUAUCUUUGGCAAAAACAGCAACAGUAGUUUCCAGGCUGAGGUUAUUGCCAAUUCUCACGAUUUAAGAGUUUACCAACGCUUGAUGGUCAGCUAGUUGGCGAAACUUAACUCAAGCCUAACCUUACUCGCAAUUUGUGGGCUAUCAAUCAACAAGGCAGCUGAAGGCAUCAAGUAGAUGACGAGGCAAACAGGCAAGGCAAUCUGUGAUGGACUCCAGGUCUCGCAGACUUCCUUUUUGUCUGCCCAGCUCAAGGUCGUCUUACACAUCCAGUCCAACUGUCUCAUCCUCAUCACUGGGCACCAGCAGGUUGUACAGCAGGGAGACGGUGCUGAACAAUGACCGCUUCCCAAGAGCGUCAUCGGCUUACAAGGCAGAAGUGGACCAACAGAGUUCUCGUCUCCUGGGGUCGUCGCGAGACUACAGCAGGUCUGACUGCACCUCCUCCAGCUGGAAGUUGCCCUCUUCUCUGACAUCGUCCAGCAGAUCCUAUGACCGCCCGUGGGCUGAAUCCUCUCUCAGCGGCAGGAGCAAACUGACUGAUUCUGAGGGGAGGUUGGGGAUGCGCUCAGUACUGUUGAACGCCACGGAUGAUGGCGAUUCUAAAAGGGCCAAACUGUCCUACAACAACAGAGGACUGUACUCAAGAACGACCAGCACCUCAGUUACAGGAUCCACCUAUUCCAGUAAUGGGCUAAACAGUGGCAGAGGUACAGGUGAAAAACAAAAUGACCCUUGUGAUUCAUCAUGGAGCUCCUCCCGGUUAUUCUCCUCCUCCUCCUCCUCCUCCUCCUCCUCCUCCUCCUCCUCCUCACUGUUGUCCAGGAGAGAGCGUGAGACGAAGAACGAGCCCAGUCUAUCAGGUUUGGGAGAAGGAAGGAUUAGGACUCCUGGAUUGACUUCCUCAUUUUAUCAGAGAGACAGGGUAACAUCCACUUAUGCGCAGGGAGCUCGGCCGAAAGAGACUACCUACUCUCUCUCUUCUUCUUCUUCUUCUUCUUCUUCUUCUUCUUCUCCUUACUCCUCCACUGCUAGAGAAAGCUCUCUAAAUCGUCACCUCUCAUCUUCCACCUCCCACCAGUCUUCACCUGUGGCGCACGACUUCAGAAACAGAACCACAACACGCUUCUUGAACGGCUCAUCUGCCCUUAACUCAUCUCAGGAACAAACGGGAAACCGUGAAUCCUCCUCGGAUAUUUCCUCCUCUUACUCCUCCCGCACACCCUGGUACACUUCCCAGGCCAGAGCAGAGGCCACGCUCCCUCCCAGGCCGGCCCCUGAAGGUGGAGAGCCAGAGGGCCGUCGCUCCACUUGUCGCCUUCUGUCCCGUCUCUUUUCACGACGCUCUAGCCAAGACUCUUCUAGUGGGUCUUCAAGUGUUCGCUCCCUUGACGAUGACUGUCCAACCGGUGGAGAGUCUGUGGACAGCGACGAGGGACCCAAGAUGUCUCCAAGUGUGGAGCCUGACGCUGGAGGUUCAGAGGCAACCUUGGGUGUCCUCAGGACUCGUAGAGCAGAUCUCGCCCCUAUCCAGGAAAGCAACAGCGAUGGUUAUCGUAGUGGCCUGGCUCAGUCCAGAAUGUCACUGUGGCGAGAGCCUGGCGUUGGCAGUAAUAAUAACGCGAGCAGUGGAGGAGGCGGCAGCUCCUCCUGGCUCUCCUCCUCGCUUCGUGGCCGCUGCCCUCCCCUCCUCUCUCGUCUCAGAAGACACGCUAGAGACGAGAGCGCACACUCAGCUGCUGGCUCAGAAGAAGGCUACAGUCGCCCGCAGCAUUUACUCAGAAGGUGGGAUAACCUUGAGCGUAAAGCGCCACAGGAUGAAGAUGAGGAGGAGGCGGACGACGACGACGACGACGAGGAUGAAGAGGAGAAAGAGGAGGGAGCAGUUGGCGUUGAAAACUUUGGCACCGGUCGUCCACGCAAACUUGAGGAUGAAACCUUACCUGAACUGGAAGAUGCCUCGGUGGAGUUUUCACCACGCCGCAGAGUCGGAGUUUAUGAAAAUAUUUCAGUUUCUAUGGGUGCAUUGAGUGGUGUCGAGAACCAGCUGGAUGGCCAGAGGGAGAAGCCCAUUUCCAGCAGGGAUCAAGAGAAGCUGCGCAAGAUCAAGGAGAGACUGCUUCUGGAGGAAUCUGACGAGGAAGAAGGUGACCUGUGCCGAAUCUGCCAGAUGGGGGAGGAAUCAGCCUCCAACCCCCUGAUUCAGCCUUGUCGCUGUACAGGUAGUCUGCAAUACGUCCACCAGGAAUGCAUCAAGAGGUGGCUACGAUCCAAAAUUGGCUCGGGCACAAAUCUUGAGGCCAUCACAACAUGUGAACUCUGCAAAGAGAAACUGCGUUUGAACAUUGACAACUUUGACAUUCAGGAGUUGUACAGGACACAUGUGCAAUCAGAAUAUGAUGAGUUCAUCAGCAGCGGUCUCUAUUUAGUGGUGCUGCUUCAUUUCUGUGAGCAGAGGUUCUCUGAUGUCCUGGGAGCAGUCGAUGCAGCUGGGUUAUUCAACCUGGUGAGAAUUCUUCAUGAACACAUGGACAAUCUUGAAAUUCCCCACGGUGAAAGCGACGAGGAGAUCCGAGACAGCAGACCAUCUAUUGAGUUUUCUGACCUGGAUGACGAUCUUGAAGAGGAGUACUAAUACUGCGAAAGAGAUGCAGUUAGGGUAUGGAAAAAAGAAAGAAAAAAGUGGGUCGCUCACCCGGUUUAUUGCACAUGCUUCACUAUCGUCAUACUGAAAUGCAACAGCAGUGAGAAACAAGUGCGCAGAACGUGUCUCGCCUUUGUUUGUAGGUGGCUUUUGCAGCUAUGCAAACUUGAAAUGAACUAGUGCGUAAAAUGUUUUCGUUGACACCACUGUAUUUCUGUUCCUCUGAGAGUGCACUUUAUUCUAUCAUGUAAAAAUGCAAGUCUUUUUAACUGUUAUACCACAAGUGCUUUAAUGUUUAACCGAAAGAGCAGAAAUUGUAAAAGCACAGAAGGACAACAGUGUGGAUUUGUACAUUUGUGAUGUAUGAAAGAUGCUUUAAGGAGAAAAGAUAAAAAGUGGUGAUUAUUUGUUUUUAUUAUUUGUUUUCCUCCUUUUUUUCCCACUUAGAAUAUGUUGGAAAAAAAAUAAGAACUUAAACCCAAAUUUCUUCAUCUUUGUCUGUGUUUAAAAGCUUUAUGUAUGUACAAAUCUAGUUUCCUGCUUUCAUAUUGGGAAUAAAGAUCGAAUGCACACCGUC